AUGGCAGGAGUAAAAUUUAUUAGAGUUUGCGAAGAUGAUAAUGAGAGUCCCAUUGAGGUACCGAUUGAAGAUGAUGGCACAGUACUUCUUGCCACACUAAAGUCCGUGUUUCCAAAGUCAACUGGUCUCAAGUAUUUAGCUCCUGAUUCAGGUUGCCUGAGAGGUGUAAGGCUUAAUGAUGGAAAACUCUAUGCUCCAUCAGAUGGAUGGGUGCAUGUUUAUCAGUGUGCAUUACCUAGAGAAAAUAAGCGAAAAGGUAUGGAAGAGAAAGAUACUUACAGUUCGAAGUUUAAAAAGCUGGAGGAGAAGAAGUGCACAGACCUAAUUGUUUUAAACUUGGCGUGGAAAACUGAUGAAUCCACACUAAAGGAAUAUUUCUCACGUUACGGUGACCUCGUAACAGUUCAGGUUAAAAGACAUCCCGAUUCCAAUUUGAGCAAAGGGUACGGAUUCAUUCGGUAUAGCGAUAUGGAAUCGCAAAUUAUGUGUCUGUCUGAACGACAUAGUAUAGAUGGACGUUUGUGUGACGUCAGAAUACCCAUCUCCAAGUUGGAAGGAGAUCGUCAAGAAGUAAGCCGAAAGGUACAUGUGGGUGGAAUUACUGAGUCCAUUACAGCCUCUGUGCUAAGAGAUUACUUUUCACAAUUUGGUGCAGUACUCGAUGUAUUUAUUCCCAAGCCUUUUCGUUCAUUUGCCUUCGUAUCAUUCGAAGAUCCUGAAGUUGCAGCGGAACUACUGGGAAAAGACCAAGUUAUAGAAGGUGUUUGUGUGUCAAUCGGCUCUGCAGUCCCCAAAUUACACCCUCAGCAAAAUCGAAAUAGUCCUAUGUAUCCCAAUUCGCAUUUUGGAAAUUCGCACAACCCUUGGGCCUGGCAAUACAACUCAGUAAUGAAUAGCCAUAGUUCACGUGAUUUCAACCCUGGUAUGUAUAAUUCCAUGCAAGGUUAUAAUAUGGCCGGCAAUACAACUCAUAUGCAAACAGAAUUAAUAUGUAGGGCUGCUUUGAACGUCUGUGUUUGUCUGUACAAAAAGAGUGAAUCAUCAGAAAGGCUACAUCAAAUUUUCUACUGA